UUCAGAGGCGAAUCAUGGAGGUGGAGAGAGAGCAGCUGCACAAAUCUCCACCGUUAGAGACGAUCCCUAUCGUUGAUCUUAGCGAUCCAGAGGACGAGCUCGUGGUGCGUGCGGUGGCCAAAGCGAGCGAAGAGUGGGGCGCUUUUCUUGUGGUUAACCACAAUAUUCCGGCCGAUUUAAUGCGGCGGCUUCGGGAAGUGGGUAGGCAGUUUUUCGAUCUCCCGGAAGCAGAGAAAGAAACCGUAGCAAAACCACCAGACUCCGAAUGCUUGGAAGGUUACGAUGCGAAGAGUCUAAAACGAUUAGAGUCUUGGAACGAUCAUCUGCUUCACAAAAUCUGGCCACAGUCUUGCAUCGAUUACAGCUUUUGGCCUAAGAAUCCUCCACAUUACAGGGAGGUGAACGAGGAGUACGCAAGGCAAGUGACGAAGCUAUCGGAGACGAUAAUGAGUUGUUUGUCGAAGGGGUUAGGGUUAGGGCGUGAGGCUCUUAAAGAAGGUCUUGGCGGGGCUGAGUAUACAAUAAGGAUCAAUUAUUAUCCACCGUCCGAUUCUGUCCACAUCGGAGCACCGGCGCACACAGAUUUCGCUGCUCUCGCACUUCUGCUCCCCAACGAGGUUCCUGGCCUUCAAAUCUUCAAGGAUAACUCUUGGUUCGACGUGGAAUGCAUCGAUUCCGCCGUCGUUGUCCUCCUCGGCGAUCAAAUCAUGAGGAUGAGCAACGGGAGGUACAAGAACGUGUUGCACAGAUCAACCAUGGACAAGGAGAAGACAAGGAUGACGUGGCCGGUUUUGGUAGACCCUAGGAGUGGUUUUGUCGUCGGACCUUUGUCGGAGCUCACCGGAGACGAGAACCCUCCCAAGUUUGAGUCUUUGACUUUUCACGACUACGUUUACCGCAAGAUCAAUAUGCUUCUUCGCGAUGGCUAAACCUAAAAACAAAUUCGUUUAACUAUCAAUAUAUUAUUACCAUGCUUUUAUAUUUGUUUUAAAUGCAAAAGCUUUAUUUGUAUUUCAAAAUAAAAUAUGUAUCGAUUAUUUACAAUUCAUAUUCAAGUGGAUGUCUUGGGUUUGUU